ACAACUCGACGAAAAAUAAACUGCCACAUUGUUAAAAAAAAAAAACAGCCGACACGACUGCAGAGGCUGCCACCUCGCACCCAAACAGCCUACGGGGCUGGACGGUUUAUUCAGCAUUACGGCGAGACACAACAAGCAACUGUUUUCCUCAAGAUCAUCAAGUGAAUUCACGGUCCUAUGACAACAUUCAAGUUCUGACGUCAGAGAAUUUGUGGAGCUGUGUUGAAGAUUGGACCAAGAAGGGCGUCAGUCAUGAUAAAGCGGGCGCGACAGUCGCAGUCUUCUUUAGUGUCCAUUAUAACUUCCAGGUUUGGUCAGAUCUUACACACCAGAGAAUGUCACCAUCACAACCAGCAGUGUGCCCAUGGAAUAGUGGAAUCCCCCAGGAGGCAGGGCCAUCCUCUUGUCACCAGUGAAGGUCCGUCCCCAACCUAUUGUGAUCAACAGGGGGUCCUACAGAGCCCCAAACACAAAAGCACAGACAAGUCCUUGGUUCAAAACAAAGGGUUUUAUUUUAAAGAAAUGUCUCCACACAGCAAUUAUAAAUACUCUUCGUUCUCUCCUCUUCACUGCUGCUCCUCCCAGCACUAGGGUGGAUGAUGUGACCUCUGAUGAGCCCUGACAACGUUUCCUGUCCGCCCCAGAAGCCCCAGCACCUUACAGUCUUCCCACUACAUAAGAGGCAACCCACCCAGACGUUGGUGUUCAUUCACUGGACUGAGCCAGACCACCCGUAGAACCAACUAAACUCAGAAAGACUACUCAUAUGGAAACAAAACACAAACAGUGCAUGCGACAGAAACUACAGGAGUGAGUGAGCGAGCUCCACUGGAUGCCAUGGCACAUGAACUCAGUCACCUCAGCAGGCACCACCAUUUCAGAACUUCAAGUCAUCAGUGUGCUGAGAGUUGCUAGGCUUGUGUUGUAUGACAUACUGUAUGAUGUCUGCAUGGUCGUGCUAUAAGUCAGUAUCUGAACUUGACAUGAGAGUCUUGUAUUCAGAGUCCUCCCCUGGCUGAUGUUCAGGUGUGUUCCGUGUGCCUUGUGGUGGGGCCACCUGUCUAUCACUGUUAAAGAGGUGCCCUAUAGAGGCUGAGGAAAGCCCACAGUCCUUUGCGGUUCAUUGAAUGCACUGGUGCUGCAAGAUACACAGCUUAGCGAAGUCUGGAAGUCCAUCGGCACACAUGUGGCCAGCCUUCGCACACAAACUCAGACAGCAAUAACACCUGCGGGACUCUUAGCUGUGUGCUCCAGAUUGGGCAGUUUAACAGCUUUGAGCAAGCUGAUUCUGCUUGGCAGGCUGACACUUUGCACAGCGGUGGGUAGCCACUCCCUUACUACCUUAAGAAUACCUCAGUGGAUCUUGGUGAGCCUGAGGCCGUCUCCUGAGUCACAGCUGAGGGUGAUGACCAACUUUUCUGCACCUCUUCCAGCCCCACCAAGACGAUGCAAACACAGACGUCCUUACAAGCUGAAGACGUUCCAGGUGCCCUCAUGUACCUCUAAAGAAGACCUCACUAAUGGCGUCGCCAUCGCCCAUGUGCUGCACAGAAUAGAUCCCUCCUGGUUCAAUGAGGCAUGGCUGGGCCGCAUUAAAGAAGAGCGGGGUCAGAACUGGAGGUUGAAGGUGAGCAACCUGAAGAAAAUUUUACAGAGCAUGCUGGAAUAUUAUCACGAGGUUCUCCUUCAGCAGAUCUCAGACAAUCAUCUCCCUGAUGUUAACCGCAUAGGAGAGCUCAACGAUGUGACUGAGCUGGGGAAGCUGGUACAGCUGGUCUUGGGCUGUGCUGUAAGUUGUGAAAAGAAGCAUGAACACAUUGAGCAAAUCAUGACUUUAGAGGAGUCUGUGCAGCAUGUUGUAAUGACCGCCAUCCAGGAGCUGCUCACAAAAGACACCGUGGACUCCGCCAGUCCAGAGACUUAUGGAGACUUUGACUAUCAGUCCCGGAAAUACUAUUUUUUAAGUGAAGAAAUAGAAGAAAAAGAUGAUCUAUCCCAGCGGUGUCAGGAGCUCGAGCAGCAGGUCUCCACCAUACUGGAGGAAAAGAACGCUUUGUUGUCUGAGCUGGCAGAGCUGCAAAAACAUGGAACGCAGCGGCCCGAAGCACCCGAUGAAACCGCCACCAUAACCAGUAAGAAGCUGCUUCUGCUACAGACCCAACUGGAACAGCUGCAGGAGGAAAAUUACAGGCUGGACACCUCCAAAGACGACCUGCAAAUCCGAGCAGAGGAGUUGGAGCGCCAAGUGGCAGAGCUGCAGCAUCGCAAUGAAGAGCUGACCAGCCUAGCUGAAGAGGCCCAGUCCCUCAAAGAUGAAAUGGACAUUCUCCGGCACUCGUCCGACAGAGUGAACCGCUUGGAGGCAAUGGUGGAUACCUAUAAGAAGAAGCUGGAAGAUCUUGGAGAUCUGCGGAGACAGGUUAGGCUCCUGGAGGAGAGGAACACUGUGUACAUGCAGCGCACGUGCGAACUGGAAGAAGAGCUGAGGAAAGCCAACAGCGCCCGCAGCCAGCUGGAAAUUUAUAAGAAACAGAUUCAGGAGCUGCACAGUAAGCACUCUUCAGAAGCAAUCAAAGCCGAAAAGUGGCAGUUUGAGUACAAGAACGUUCAUCUAAAGUACGAGGCUCUGCUCAAGGAGAAGGAGCGACUUAUGGUGGACCGGGACGCCUUGCGAGAAAGGAUUGAAGACAUGUGCUUUGUGCAGUUCCAGCCACAACAUCUUCGUCAGAGAGAAGAUUCCUUGUGUGAUGAGGGUGUGCAGAAUCUUACGGCUGAGAUGAUGCCUGCUGAGCUCAAAGAAACGAUUCUGCGACUCCAGCAGGAGAACAAAACACUCUGUGCGGAGGAAGAAGCCUCCCGUCAGAAGCUAAGUGAAGUACAGAGCCAGCUGGAGGAGUCUCGGCGUAGCCAGAACAGACUGGAGACAGAGAACAGGCUGAACCAGCUGCAAAUUACUGCACUCCGGAGCCAAGUGGAGGAACUCCAGAAAGCACUGCAGGAGCAAGACAGCAAGGCUGAGGAUCAGGCCAUUUCUUUGCUGUUGAAGAGGAAACUCGAUGAGCAUUUGGUGAAGCUCCAUGAAGCUCAUUCUGAUUUGCAGAAGAAACGGGAAUACAUUGAUGGCCUUGAACCUAAAGUGGACAGCUCCACCGCUAAGAAAAUCGAUGAGCUUGAGGAGAUCUUAAAGAAGAAGGACGCCGACCUGAAGAUGAUGCAGGAGCGAUGUAACCGAUAUGUAGAGCGAGCGCGGACUGUCAUCAAAACUCUGGACGCCAAACAGCCCGACGCCGUAGCCCCUGAGGUGGUGGCCUUAAAAAAUCAACUACAAGAAAAGGAGAAAAAGCUGCAGCAUCUGGAGCAUGACUUUGAAAAAGCAAAGAGCCGCCAUGAAAAGGAGGAGAAGCUGAUCAUCAGCGCCUGGUACAACAUGGGGAUGGCACUGCAGCACCGGGUGACACAGGACCGAACUGGCACCCCAGGACAGGCCCAGUCCUUCCUGGCACAACAGAGACAGUUCACCAAUGCACGGAGGGGACACCUCUCUCGGCUGCAGCAGACGCUGCCCAGAUAAAAGCCCACCUUGCCGACGAGACUUCACUUGAGCGCAGUGGUGCCCAUUUCUUACUCUGACGCAGAAGAGCAGCUCACUCGAGUGGACAGCGGACUUCCUAUGUGGGACACCAGACGGACAUCUCUGACCACCAACCACUGCUGCUGCUGCUGCAUGGGGCGGGUGGACCUGAUAACACUACAGUCUUCUUCUUAGGUUAGUUAAGGGGGCUUCGUCACAGUGCUGGGGACAGAAAUGAGCUGCAAUGGGUGUGAAGACCACCAGCAGCCUCGGAAUGAGAUUCUAGGGGACUGCGUGGGUCAGCGUGUGGCUUGAGCGAGGCGGCCGCCGUGCACCCCGUUGAACGUUUUCAUCCAUACUUGUGCUCUUCACUGUGACCGCCAUCUGUCUGUUGACCGCCGUGUUUCUUCCUGAAGUUUCUCUCUCUCUCUCGAAGUGAAUACGCCGGAGCCGCCCCGGCAAUGCAGGUCUGCACACGUGUGGCCCGCUGACUGCGCCACGGGGCCCGCGGGUUUCCAUCUAAAAUGGGAGUUGUGGUUUGGGUUUUUUCAUUUUGCCUACAGUUUCAAAGUUAAAUUUCCCGCCUGCGAAUGUACUUUGCGUUUCCCUCGACCUCCCUUUUAAUGUCCGCCCCCCCCCAUAAAGACAGAGCGGCAGGGCGGCCCACCCACUCAUCCAGUUGUGCCCGUGGUGUGCUUUGUAGACAAUCAUCUUGUUUUUAACCAAAGAAUCACUUAAAAAAAUAAUAAUAAUAAUUUCGGCCCAUAGUGUUAAGCUCAUUCAAAUUAUUAUUAUUAUAAUUUUUUUUAAUCUUUUUGCUUCUAUGAUUUUUAGUUUCCCCAGUGGAUCCAUGAAAUGGGUGGAUGGUUUUAAACGUGUCUCUCUUGUGGUUUUAUUAUUGCUGACCACCGCUGCUAAUGUCUGCUUUGUUUUUUGGUUAAGACACCCUGGUAGCUUUAUAAGGAACCAGGCGAUGGAAUCGGAGCUGCGGCCCCCCUUGUCUGGCUGGAUGUUGUUGUUAACAAACACGAGGCUUCUGUGCCACUCUGUGGGUGUCCUCAGCUGGGCAUCCGUCAAGCAAAACCGCGCUGAGUGCCAGGAAUGGGGAAGCCAUCCGUUUGACUGAGCUGAGCCCCUCGGCCGUUCUUCUGUCUGCUCCUCUUUUUCGGCGCUUUAUGUUGAGCGAUGGCAGGGUGGGUGCCUUUUAUUUUUCUUUUCUUUUCUUUUUGAGGUGUACCUUUUAAUUUAUUUAGCAGGUUUUUUUUUUUUUUUUUCUUUUAAAUUGGUGUGUGGGUAAAGUGGGAGGACGAGAGGCGUUUUAAAUCCUAACCGUGCUGCCCUCCCUUCCGUUUUCCCCCCUUUGCACUAUCAAUAAACUGGAAUUGGACCGCG